UAUUUACUCAAUAAUUUGAGCUUGGCCUACAAACAUUUGUGAUGUCUUGGACAAAUGAUGUCGUAUUGGAGUUUUUGGACCACUAUCGAACGGAACAACUAUUAUGGGACCCAAAACAUCCUCUGCAUAGAAACAGGAGUGAGGUUAAUGAUGCAUGGCGUCGAAUCCAAAAUAAUCUUAGCAUAACUUCUUCUAUAAUAGAUUUGAAGAAGAAAAAAGAAUCUUUAAUGACAUCGUUUAGACUACACUUAAAUAGAAAAAAGAAAUCGCCGAACGAGUACCGUAUAACGUGGUUCGCAUAUCCGCUUAUGGAAAGUUUCUUAGGCGGGAAAUAUGAAUGUGAUAGUUCAAUUCAAAUGGAUCACGAGUACGAAUCGAGUAGCAAUUAUAAUUCAACGUACAAUACAAGACAAGUGAGUAACCACAAUCAAACAAACAGUUCAACGGUUAAUUCGAAUACAGAGAGACAAAGUUCCAAUAAAAGACAAAAUAGACCAUCAGGUUCCAAAGGCCAAUUAAAUAAUGAAUACAUUAUCUAUGCGAAAAAUGAAAUGGAAGAUGUAGGUGAUUAUUUAAAAAAUGUUUCCGAUUUCAAAAAAGAUAAAGAUGAGUACGAAUUGUACGGACAACUUCUAGCUAAAAAGUUAAGAAAGUUAGAUGAACGUCAACGGGACAUUGCCAUGCACGAAAUUGAUAAUAUAAUGUUCAAUGCCAAAAUGCAAAGUCAAUCAGCACCAGCCAGAAGUUUUUCAUCAUCGCCACCUCCGGUCAAUAGAAAAAUUAAAUCUCCGAUGUUUAUCGUGCAACAACAUUUCGAUGAGGAUAAUAUUACGUAUACCGAGGCAUAAAUAAUUUUGUACAUUAUAUACCGCCUAGUAUUUUGUAGCUAAGUAUUAAAUGAACUUAGUUUUUUUAAAUAAAUUGUAAAUACCGAAAAUCCGAGGGACUGAAGAAAAUAUGGAGGAAUAUGUGCCAUGUAGAUAAUAUAAUAUUAAAGUUUAUAUAUUUAUAUCAAAUAACAGUUUGUUAUGGAUUGUUUUGUCAUACUAAGUAUAAUAUUUAUAUAAAAUGAAAUAUAUAAUUCAAUUAUAUAU